AUGGCGCUGGUGGAACAAGCAUUGGAGAUCUUAAGAUCGGUGCCCUUGAUAGACGGUCACAAUGAUUGGCCUCACCUCAUACGAGGAUUUUACGACAAUAAGCUAGAUGAGCGCUUUCAAAGUGGCAAGGAUCUAGUAGGACAUGUCGACAUGAAGCGCCUCAAAGAAGGGAGAUCUGGCGGUGCAUUUUGGAGUGUUUAUAUCGAUUGUCCUGACUCAGAUGAGUUCACUGACGUUGUCCAUUUUGAGGUUCUCCGGGACACGAUGCAACAGAUCGAUCUGGUGCAUCGGUUAUCGGAGACGUAUUCCGAUCAAAUGGAAAACGUUCAACAUUCAUCGGAUAUCAUGCGGCUUUUCAAGUUGGGUAAAUUUGCAAGCUUGAUUGGAGUCGAAGGACUUCAUCAGAUCGCAAAUAGUGCCAGCGUGCUACGCUUGUACCACAAGAUGGGAGUGCGCUAUAUUACUCUGGCACACAACAAAAAUAAUCUGUAUGCAGAUAGUGCGACGUCGAGCUUUCCGGCGCACGAUGGCCUUUCGUUGCAAGGGGUUCAGAUGAUUCGGGAAAUGAAUCGCAUAGGAAUUGAAUCGGUGAUGCACCGAGUGCUCGACAUUUCGGAAGCGCCCGUCAUAUUCUCCCAUUCUUCGAUAGCCUCGGUUGUUCCCCAUGUUCGAAAUGUCCCCGAUGUUAUCUUGAAGAGAUUAAAAGCCAAUGGCGGUGUUAUCAUGAUAACUUUGAUACCAUCACUCAUUCAUGAAGAUGCUGCCAGAGCCAACGUUGACCAUGUGGUUGACCAUAUCAUGUAUGCCGGCAAGCUGAUCGGAUAUGAUCACAUUGGCCUUGGGUCAGACUAUGACGGUAUGUUCAGUGCUGUACAAGGGGUUGACGAUGUGAGUAAAUGGCCUAAUUUGGUCGCUAAAAUGCUUGAAAGAGGCAUAUCGCGGUCCAACGUUGAGAAGGUCUUGGGGUUGAAUAUCAUUCGGGUUCUGGAAUCAACGGAGCUUUGCGCUUCAAAGCUGAAGAGCACUUCUUCAGUAAUGGAGGAUAGUGUGAAACAGCUAUGGAAUGAUAAAUUCCGAGCUACAGUGGAAGGAGUCUAUCCGCAUGCUGAGAAGAGUCGUCGAGAUGUUAUCACAGAACGAAGCGAUUAA